GGAGUGUCAACAUGCAAGAUGGCGGCCCAUCACCGGCAGAACACAGCCGGGCGGAGGAAAGUGCAGGUUUCCUAUGUUAUUCGAGAUGAAGUGGAGAAGUACAAUCGGAAUGGAGUCAAUGCCCUGCAGCUGGACCCAGCGCUCAACAGACUCUUCACAGCGGGGCGAGACUCCAUCAUAAGAAUAUGGAGUGUCAAUCAGCACAAGCAAGACCCAUACAUAGCAUCUAUGGAGCACCACACAGACUGGGUGAACGAUGUCGUGCUCUGCUGCAAUGGGAAAACGUUAAUAUCUGCUUCCUCUGACACAACGGUCAAAGUAUGGAACGCACACAAAGGGUUCUGCAUGUCCACACUCCGGACACACAAGGAUUAUGUAAAGGCCUUAGCAUAUGCCAAGGAUAAAGAGCUGGUAGCAUCGGCUGGGUUGGACAGACAAAUAUUCCUUUGGGAUGUGAAUACUCUAACAGCAUUGACUGCCUCAAAUAACACUGUCACAACUUCUUCUUUAAGUGGGAACAAAGAUUCCAUUUACAGCCUGGCCAUGAACCAACUGGGAACAAUCAUUGUAUCAGGGUCCACUGAGAAGGUUCUAAGAGUGUGGGAUCCAAGGACCUGUGCGAAACUCAUGAAGCUGAAAGGGCACACGGACAACGUGAAGGCUCUGCUGCUGAACAGGGAUGGCACACAGUGCCUCUCUGGGAGUUCCGAUGGGACAAUUCGCCUGUGGUCCCUUGGCCAGCAAAGAUGUAUAGCAACAUACCGAGUCCACGAUGAAGGUGUUUGGGCCCUACAAGUCAACGAUGCCUUCACACAUGUAUAUUCUGGAGGAAGAGACAGGAAGAUUUAUUGCACGGACCUAAGAAACCCUGACAUUCGGGUGCUGAUUUGUGAAGAAAAAGCACCAGUUCUCAAGAUGGAGCUUGACAGAUCAGCAGAUCCCCCUCCUGCAAUCUGGGUUGCAACAACAAAGUCCACAGUAAAUAAGUGGACACUGAAAGGAAUUCAUAAUUUCCGAGCCUCUGGUGAUUAUGACAAUGACUGUACAAAUCCCAUAACACCCCUCUGCACACAGCCCGACCAGGUUAUUAAAGGGGGCGCUAGUAUCAUUCAGUGCCACAUCCUUAAUGAUAAGAGACAUAUAUUAACCAAAGAUACAAAUAACAAUGUGGCUUAUUGGGACGUGUUGAAGGCAUGCAAAGUGGAAGAUCUGGGCAAAGUGGACUUUGAAGAUGAAAUUAAGAAAAGAUUUAAAAUGGUGUACGUUCCAAAUUGGUUCUCAGUAGAUCUCAAAACAGGGAUGCUGACAAUCACUCUGGAUGAAAGUGACUGCUUUGCUGCCUGGGUGUCUGCAAAGGACGCCGGCUUCAGCAGCCCUGACGGGUCAGACCCAAAAUUGAACUUAGGAGGACUUCUACUGCAGGCACUUCUGGAGCACUGGCCAAGGACACACGUGACUCCCCUGGAUGAAGAAGAGGGUGAAGCCAACCAUGUGAGUGGAGAGCAGGAGAGCAGAGUCCAGAAGGGAAAUGGGUAUUUCCAAGUACCCCCCCACACUCCUGUGAUCUUUGGUGAAGCUGGAGGUCGCACACUGUUCAGGCUGCUCUGCCGGGAUUCCGGGGGUGAGACUGAGGCGAUGCUUCUCAAUGAGACAGUACCACAAUGGGUAAUUGACAUCACUGUGGAUAAAAAUAUGCCCAAAUUCAACAAAAUUCCUUUCUACCUCCAACCUCAUGCAUCUUCAGGAGCAAAAACUCUAAAGAAAGACAGACUCUCUGCCAGUGACAUGCUGCAGGUCCGGAAGGUGAUGGAACAUGUCUAUGAGAAGAUCAUCAACCUGGAUAAUGAGUCUCAAACCACUAGUUCUUCUAAUAACGAAAAGCCAGAGCAGGAGAAGGAGGAGGAUAUUGCCGUAUUGGCAGAGGAGAAAAUUGAACUUCUGUGCCAGGACCAGGUUUUGGACCCAAAUAUGGACCUUCGAACAGUAAAGCACUUCAUAUGGAAGAGUGGUGGAGACCUCACACUCCAUUACCGCCAGAAGUCCACGUGAAGGGUGGGCCCAUGCUCCUGGCUUAUUCCUCAGCCUUCCUCUGUGGCCCCGAGUAGUCCUAGGAAGCCACCAAGCCCUACCGGGAGCAAGACCUCCACCGGCCGAUUUGGUGAAGUGACUAAUGGAGGUGUAAUAUAGAACCAGGCUCCAUGCAUAGAUUAAGGUGUCCCCGGGGUCAGUGCAGGGACAGAAGAGCCCCACAGGCCAGUGCAGACUUCGCUGACUCCUUUUGAAGGCCCACCUUUGUCUCUUAGCACUUGGUAGAGGACAUCAGUGGGGCCUCAUCUGUCACCGUGUUUGAGUUUCAAACCCACAGUUCUGCAGCUUUUCUUAAGUGCAUUCCACUCAUGCAGCACCUGUGAAGGCUUUUUCCAAAUUACAAAAAAAAAAAAAAGUUGUUUUCAUCAUCAUGUAAGAGUUCUUUUUAAUGGGAAUCAUCACUGUUGCGCAAUUCAAUUAAGAAAUGACCAUCUUGGGCUACUUUUGAAAUACCGAAUCUCAGCUAUGCUCUGUAGGAAGACCUUCUACAACUCCAGGGCCAGGGCGCAGUGCCAAGUACUGCCCCUCAGUAACCUGGCCGCACAAGAGCCCGAGCCACUGUGCACCUUGAGUGCCCGCCCUGUCUUCCUCACAGGCAGAGCCGGCGGGAACCACAGCUCUUGCCCUGGAUGAGCAGCAUGAUGCUGUCAAAAUGUGAGACCAUGCUGAAGUUUCACUGUCAUUCAAUGCUCCCUAAAGUUUAUGUUAUUUAGAGUAUAAAGAUCUCACAGUGAGUUGAUUUGAUAUUUAUAUCGUGGUCCGUGUUUGUUUUUCCAGUUUUAUACGCAGGCUUUUGUUGUACCUGCAUCCAGAUCUUUCCUUGUCUUUCUAACAAUCAGAAGCUUUCAUAGACUCACUUGGAUCUUGUACAGAAUAUUAAAUUAUUGGGGAUAAACACUUCAACUUUGGCAGAAAAUACUGUGGACUCUUCCCAAGGUCAUUCCCAAUCAGAUAGAUCAGCGGUUCCCCCGACACUCCAGAAAAAGAGCCUUGAACAAAGCCAGAAGCACAAGUGCCUUCAGGGGCAGUUUAUUCCAGUCCAGUCGCCUCCUACCGAGUGUGGCCUGCCCCCCCAGGAGCAGGAACCGGCCGAGGGCUUUUUCUUUUCUACAUCUUCACAGGUUCUGCUGGGGCAGCUGAUGGGUCCAGAUCCGUCCCUUACAAAUUGAGGCAUUGAUACGCACAACUGCAGAACAGGGUCCCCUCACAGCUGACUGUGGAGCACAGACAUGCCAUGGCCUCCACACCUCAAGUGAGCAAAGACCACUCCCGGGUGUUAAGAUACUCUCCCUUCCUCUGAGCAGCUGGCGGCUUUUUACAUGGUCCUUUUUAUCUGCUAGACACAACAGUGCACUUCUGGUGCGUAUUUCUAGUGACACAUGGUCUAAAAGCAAGGGGGUGGGGAGCCCUGCCCUCAGUAGUGUUGCAGGAGGGUCUCUGCACUAAGUGGGCCUCACUGGUCAUGGCCCAGUGCUGAGCCGCAGGCAGUUAGCUGUGCCCCGUGGUGGAUUUUACCCCCAGCAUGGUUGUACUUUUUCCCCUCUAGACAAAAUCAGUAAUAAGUUUCCGGAAAAUUGGACAGUCUGCAAUGCCAAAAGGGUCAGAGUGUAUUUCAAGUUGUAUAGAAUAAAGCUUUAGUUAAACUA